AUGGCCGGCAGCCUCCACGCCCAAAUCACCGAGUCGCUGACGCCCGGGCGCGUCUUCGGCUCCAUCUUGUUCGUCUUUGUCGGCCUCCUCGUGCUCGACCACAUCUGGAAGCCGACGUACCCGGAGAACAUCCCCGUCGUCGGCUACGGCAAGGGCACCGUCGCGGGAGUCAAGAACUUUUGCUACUACGUCUUUCGCUACCGCGACUGGGUCAUUGAAGGCUACCACAAGCCCCGGCAACUGACGCGCAUUGCCCCGGAAACGCAGUACAACAAGCAGAACCGCGCCUUCGUCGUCCCCGCCGCCGCGAGCCGGGCCCCCGACAUCAUCAUCCCGCGAUCCCUCACCAAGUGGCUGCUCGAGUACCCGGACUCGGCCGUCUCCGCGCACGAGGCCCACAACGAUGUGCUCUACAGCGAUUACAACUUCCUCGGCAAGGUCUACGCCGACGACGUGUGGCACACGCGCGUCAUCCACAGGAGCCUCGCGCGCCACCUCGGCUCCCUGGUCCCCGGCAUCGAGGAGGAGGUCUCGGUCGCCGUCGACGAGGCCUUCGGCACCGACACGGACAACUGGAGGACGCUGAGCCUGUGGGACGCCUGGCUGACCAUCGUGCCCCCCGUGACGAACCGCAUCCUCGUCGGCGAGGGCACCUGUCGGAACAAGGACUUCUGCAAGGCCAUGGUCUCCUUUGUCGACCAGGUCAUCCUCAACUGCUUCGCCCUGCACAUGGUCCCGCAGAUCAUGCUGCCCGUCCUCGGGCCCCUCAUCGCACUGCCCAACUGGUGGCUGUGGCGCAAGGCCGCCAGGCACAGCCUGCCCGUCAUACGCAAGCGGCUCGACGACAUGGCCAAGAAGGAGGCCGGCGACCCGGCCUACGACACCUGGGCCGCGCCCGAGGACUUCAUCACGUGGGACAUCCGCAUGGCCAAGGCGGAGGGGAACCGCUUCGAGCUCGAUCCGUACGUCAUCUCGAAGCGACUCUUGCCCAUCCAGUUCGCCGCCAUCCACACGACCGUCAUCACCGGCCACGGCAUCGUGCUCGACCUGCUGAGCUCCGACCCGGCCAAGGGGUACAUGGACGGCAUCAGGGAAGAGGCGGCGCGCGUGCUCAAGGAGGAGGGCGGCCGCUGGACCAAGAACGGACUCUCGAGGCUCUACCGCCUCGACAGCGCCAUCCGCGAGAGCCAGCGGCUGAGCAACUUCAGCUGCACGCUGAUGGAGCGCAAGGUCGUCGCCGAGGAGGGCAUCACCAACGAGCAGGAGGGCUGGCACCUCCCCAAGGGCACGUUCCUGACCGUCAACCUCGAGGGCCUCCACCACGACGACGACGUCACCCCCAACGCGCACGAGUACGACGCCUUCCGCACGAGCCGGCAGAGGGAGGAGUACGAGGCGAAACCCCAGGCGGAGAGGAGCCUGGAGGAGGGAUUGAGGCUCAAGAACCUCGGCAUGGUGACGACGAGCGACGCCCAUCUCCCCUUUGGCCACGGGCGGCACGCAUGCCCCGGCCGCUUCUUCGUCGCCCACGAGCUGAAGAUGGUGGUGGCCAACCUGCUUCUCAACUACGACCUGAAGCCGAUAUCCGAACGGCCGAAACCGCAGUGGGUGGGCGUGACGGUGGUGCCGCCGAUGGACGCAAAGGUUGAGCUGAGGCGGAGGAAGGGCACCUUGUAG